ACGUCCUUCACCCCUCCUGCCACCGAACACUGUUGGUUACCCGGCAGCAGUCGUUCUAGCGUAGGGCAAUAUUAUGGUCACAGAACUGUCUACCAGGGGCAUGUCGAAUUCUGUUGUAGACAGAAUCCCAUAGGCAUACAUCGAUAUAUCAGCUUCUUUCGCCGCUAUGCCCCUGCGAGUACUGUUCGGUUGGUCUUGAUGUUGACGCCGACGGUCCUUCGCACAUUGAGAAUUGGACUACCGGUAUGUCGAAUUGACAUUGGUGGCUGAGUAUAUCCUUCACAUCCAGCCGCGACGCGUGCCUUUCAGCAUGGAGGAGAAGCGUCCGAGCGCCGCCACAACCACCGGCCGAGCAUCAAGCGGCAUUCCGAAACCUUCGUCUCGUCUUCCCUUGCCUCGCUCCAGCAUCCCGACGCCCUCCGCCACCACACGAUCCCAGCAGAAGUCUUCCGCCCCUUCGUCCUCUGAAACCCACCGAGCUUCUCUGCCACAGCCAUCCGCCGCUACCACCCUGCGGAACCCUCGCUUGCGUCCGGCAACCUCGCGGGAGCAAAUCAGUUCACCGACCACCUUGCCGAGGUCAUAUAGGCCCGGGGUCUCGUCUGCAAACCCCCGAGGUACGGCGAAGGAUUCAAUUAACAGGAAUGUGAAGUCGCAACCCGUCUCCACCGACAAUUCCUUCAAGAAGCCUUUGGCUCCUAGACGUCGGCCGUCUAGUCAGUUUAGCCAUGGCACGCAAUCGUCAGCCACCUUGGUCGAGGAGCACUCUUCAGGAGAUGGGAUUAUAGAUGACAUUCCGGAGCUACCUCCUUUGACUAAACCAACAGGUGAUGACCUCACCUUUGAUGCGUUUUUGGCCGAGCCUAGGAGACCGCGGCCGUCGCUUUCCGAGCGAACGAUUGAAACUCUUUCGAAUUUGCCUUCUUCUCCUGCAAUAAAACGGCGGGGUAGUAAUUUCUUCGACGUGCCUGGAUCUAGGAGACCACAAUCAAAAGGAAGUGUAACAUCACGGCCGGGAUCGCGGCUUGGUUCACGACCCAGCUCGAGCUAUCAGUCCGACGGGUCGAACGGGCGUCCCAGUGGCCCACUGAGCCGGCCAGGCUCGAGCUCGAGCUCUUUAGAAAAGGGAUAUGGCAACUUCAGGGCCUCGACGAACACUUACAAGCCACCUUUGGCCACGGUGCAGGGUACACCGUCGAGGCGUCUUUCUGCCUUCGGCUCGUCGGCUACACCGGCUACGAAGAACACAUCGAGACUUGCGCACCGUCCCUCUCUCAACAAUGUGUCCUCCAAGGCCUCUCUAUCUGCCUCAAUUGGCCCUAGUACCCCAGUCCCGGAAAGGCAGGGCAUGUCCGUAUCUAAGUUUGGGUCUAAGACUCUGACUGCUCGACCGUUGAAGACCCGGGGCUCUGUCAAUGGCUUGUUCAACAAACCAUCUAUACCAUCUCUUAAGAAGGAGCAAUCUGCCUCCGAUCUUUCGUCCGCUGCUAUGCGGCAAGGGUCUCUUGCCUCGAUAAAGUCACCAAGGACGUCUGGCGAAGGCGGUAAUCUAUCAAGUCCAUCAACCACUUCCACUGCACCCACAGUACACUCUCUUGAGGAGCCACCAUCCUCGACGCGCAAAUCCUCCGCUGCGUUACGUGAUCAGAUUGCAAAAGCAAGGGCCGCAAACCGAGCCGCAAAACGUCAAGCUUCGGGCGCAGCAAUCUCUCAAGCCUUGAAAUCGCCGGUUAUACCAACGGAUGAUACUUUCGAUUUCGGGCUGCCCGAAGAUCCAUUUGGUCAAAGGAAAUUUGAGGACUGCAACCGAAAAGCCAUGCAAUCGCAAAUUAACACAGCAAGAGUAACGGGAAGGCUGAACAUUGCUGCUAUGGGAUUGAAAGCGAUUCCAGACGAAGUGCUGAAGAUGUAUGAUCUCGAAUCAAUUGGCCAUGCUGACGGUAGUUGGGCUGAGAGCGUAGAUCUUACUCGACUUGUUGCUGCGGACAAUGAGUUAGAGACGAUAGAUGACUCGAUUUUCCCUGAUGUUGACCCCAACAAUUUCGACUUAGAUGAAGUGGACGAUAGGGGACGAAUUUUCUGGGGUCUUGAGUCUGCAGACCUUCAUAACAACACGCUAAUCUCCUUACCACUGGGUCUGAGGCGUCUUCAGCAACUGACGUCGUUAAAUUUGGCGUCGAACAAGCUUACGAACAAUUGCCUCGAGAUUAUUGCCCAAUGCGGUGGUUUGCGCGAUCUUAAGUUAGGCAACAACCUUUUAUACGGUCCGAUUGAUGACGCUUUUGUCCUUGAAAACCUGGAGAUUCUUGAUUUCCACGGGAACAACAUAUCUGCGCUACCCCGUAGCAUCAACAAAAUGAAGAGGCUCCGUAUUUUGAAUAUAGAUGAGAACGCUCUCGAAUCAGUGCCCUUUCAAAGUCUUUCUGCUCUCCCGCUUAGUGAGCUGCGCGUGCGAAAGAAUAAACUGACUGGAACAUUGAUCGAGCAUGGGGUGAAAAGUCUUCCACAACUCCAGACACUAGACUGUUCUAACAAUCAGUUAUCGUAUCUUGUUUCUCCAGAUACGGAUCAAUCACUUCAGCUUCCAUCCCUUCAUCAGUUAACAGUCUGCGUCAACCGAUUGAAGAGUCUGCCAGAUAUGAGCAGCUGGGAUAGCAUCCUGACGAUCAACGCUGAUGACAAUAGUAUUUCCGCUUUCCCUGAAGGGUUUACCAGCCGAAAUUCCCUUCGGCACGCCGGCUUCUCCAGUAACGAUAUCCGUAUCGUACCUCCAGAGAUUGCCCGAAUGGACAGCCUUGUGAUGUUGAGUAUCACAGGUAACCCAUUACGGGAUAAGAAAUUCACUUCUCUCACAACAGAAGAAUUGAAGGAUGCCUUACUCACGAGAUUAGCGCCAUUGCCUGGUGAAGAAGCAGGGGGCGUAGAGAACUUCGCUAACGGAAUCGACUCGAUCGGAGCGAAUGUCUCACAUAUUCAGAUUACAGCAUCUACAGCAUCUGGUGGUUAUGGGAAUAUGGAGGAUGGGCAUUCAGAUUCCGAUGAUUUCGCAACACCACCAACGUCUGCUCCUCACUCCCCGGCCCGCUCUCGGUCUCACACAUUAUCUAGCCAAACGUGGCCUAUAAAAUCAGGCGGGGUCCUCGAUCGGUCCAACACGGAAUCGUCUUCUCUGCACCCUGUCGUUUGUUCGAAAAUCGCCGCUGUCCAGUCAGUGCGGGAUGUCCGACUCAGCCAGAACACGUUCACCCAAUUCCCAAAUUCAUUGUCAUUCUUCAGUGAUACUAUGACAUCGCUAUCCUUGUCUCGUAACCAGCUUACCGGGGAAAGUUGGUUGACAGAACAGCUUGACCUCACAGCGCUGCGAGAGCUGAACCUUCAGUCCAACUUUUGCACCAGUCUAGCGCCUUUGAUGACAUUUUUGUGUGCGCCCAAUCUAGAAAAGCUCGAUGUGUCACUCAACCGCAUCGUUCAAAUCCCUUCUCUGCGAGACGUCUUUCCAAGCCUCACGGUGCUGCUAAUAGCAAAUAACCGACUUGAGGAGCUUGACCCGGACACCAUUCAGGGAAUGAAAAUUGUCGACGCUAGCAACAAUGAGAUCACGCACCUCAACCCUCGAAUCGGCUUGCUUGGGCUCGAGAGGCUUGAGGUAACGGGUAAUCGAUUCCGAGUUCCCCGAUGGAAUGUUCUCGAGCGCGGGACCGAAGCGACGCUUCGAUGGCUUAGGGGCCGAGUGCCAGUAGCCGAGAUGGCCGAGUGGCGUGCUCAGACGGGAAUCACUGAAGAUGACUCGUCUAAUGAGCUUGAUUAGAGUCUACGAUAUCUCUGCAUAAUACCAUGCCAUGGAGUUUUGGGAAAAGGCAUUCAACCGUAAUUCUGACUUUGUUACUGAUUUUCUGGCACAACGCUCCAAACAACGACCUGUCUACAAGGCAUGGAAAAUUAGAGCGAGGGCCUGUGAAAUUCCUAAAAAUUGAUUUAUAGCAAAAGCGGGCGCACAUGGAAGACUUGACAG